CAUCCACACAGCACACAAUCCCACUACCAUUUAACUAAAAGGCAUCUGAAAGAAUAUCCCGCUCAAAGAGUAUCCCUCCAAAAUGUCCUCAGAAGCCCUCCCCAUCAGCCCUGCAGCCUUCACAGAAGCCAUCAAAGAGCUACCCCUCGCCGUCGUCUACGCCAAAGCCUCCGAGCUGCAGAACUCCAUUGCCCACCUCCAGCGCUCCAACAGUGAGCUGAAGACAUUCGUGGCCGAAUCUGCAGACACCCUGCAGGAGAAACAGGAGCUGGAAAACUACAUCGCGGAGAAUGAGGGCGUGAUGGGCUCUAUGAAUGAGCGGAUUGGGUUGCUGAAGGCGGAGGUUGAAGGACGCGGUCAGAAGUGGAUUGAGUUGGAUGAGUUGGCGCCUGAUGCGAAGACGGAUUCUCCGGGGGCUAAUGGGGCCGGGGCUGCUAAUGGUCAUGGUUCGAAUGCGCCUCAGGGAUCGUCGUCGUCGGCGGAUAGACCGGGUGAUGAUGCGCAGGAUGGGGAGGGGGAGAAUGGGGUUUACCUAUGAGGUUUCUUAAAGAAAAUAAUUCCGAGAUGAAAAAAGGAAAAGAAAAAAGGGAAAAAGAGAAAAAGGAAGAAUGCCAAAUGCUAAGGUAUCCUUGUUGAGAUCUA